CAUGAUCUCCGCGCGUGGCACUCCCUGUCCCUAUCCCUACCACAUCCCGAUCCCCCGACCUGGGCGUGGCCCCCAUCGCAACUGUGUACAAAACUAUGCAGAGCUUUCUGCCGCGCAAGGCUGUCAUCUACUCGGGGCGAGGAUUUGCCUCUGCCUCCGUCACCUUACGCGAUUCCUGCCAUGGGCAUGCAUUUAGAGAGGUCUUGGGGGGGGCAGACGGAACGCCUACAAAUAUCGCCAAGCGCAGAGGCGUGCGAGAUACAACAGCGGCUGUUAAUUCGCUGGACUACAUCAAGUUGACCCUGCUAAUUACCACUGCGACCACAGAGAAUGUAGGACUGCUGCAAAGCACAAUCACUGGUGGGAGUCAGCGAGUUGAAAUACUGGAUGUCAUUGCCAUUGCCAUUGUCGAUGACACACGUGUGUUCGCAAAGCGAACAUCGACAUCGCGGCCUGUAGAGACGCUGUCCAAUCAGUAGCAUGAUCGACCCACGAACCCGGAAAAGAAUAUAAGAACCCUGGGCCUACGCCCUUUCCGGGAAAAAGGAAGGGGGACGGAGAUAUUGUAACAGAGUCACUCAAUCAAGACGCUCAGGCAAACGCCAGAAAACGAACGCCUGCGAACAGCGCAGCGUAGCUUGAAACAUUGAAGCGGAAACACCCGUUCUGCCUGGAGCCAGAAUGAACUGAAUUCAUGGAAAAGUUGCGCAGAUAGCCGCAACUGCGCCGUUCUUCUUCGAGGGACAGUUGCCAACCCCCAGGCGUGGGCCACCACCCAUCAACGAGCGGCCUUCACGCGCCUGGCUGCAGCACGUCCGCCGCGACGGAGGCGCUCGCCCUGCGGAGGGGCUCGGGCCUCAGCAACUCCUCCAGGCACGCCAACGUCGCUCCGUCGUGCACGCCGUCCAUGCUCGCCAUCGCCUGGGCAUGGGAGCCGGCUUGGGCGAAGAACUCGAGUAUCUCCCGCAUGGCCUGCACAAGGUGUGCGCAACGGCGCCAUGGCACCGAGAGCUCGAGCGAGCCUUGCCCGCAAGCGGUCUCCAAGAGCACCACCCCUAGGCUCCAACAAUCUGCCGGCUUGGGCCAGUACGGCUCCCCCAGCGCUGUCUCCGGAGCGACGCACGGGAGAGAACCGCACAUGGUCUCCCGCGUGCUGGAGUCUGGAACGUGGGCUGCCAUGCUGAAGUCCACCAGGCGGCAAACGAGCCGAUUCCUCGCCAUCUCUACCGACACAUGCCUCAGCGACACCUGCCCGUGAGUAACAUCAUUGGCGUGGCAGUGGGACAGAGCACUCGCGAUCUGGAUGGUGCAGUCCACGGCAUCGUCCCUGGACAAAUGGCGGCCUGGUUGAAUCGACAGCACUUGCUCCAUGCAGAAGUCGCCGCCAUACUGGAGCACCAGGUGCACAUAGGACUGGCUGUGCAGCAUGCUCACGCAGCGGAUGAUGUGUGGGUGGUCGAGGGUGUGUGUCAGGAGGUUGAACUCCUGGUAUAGUAGACGCUCUCCACCUCCUCGGCAGCGGUGCUGCUCCGCUUAUUGCGAGUCUUGAUCACGACAUUCUCGUGCUGCCCGUUAACCGCCAACAAGACGUGCUGAUGAUUUGCGUACUGCUGCACCAACCGGAACUCCCCAACCCUGUCCCCAAAUUCCAGCAAGCGCUUGUCUAGAUCAGGAAAACCGGGCAUUAGCAACUGCGGGAUGGUCUCCCAGAGAAGACCGUCGUGUUCGUCCUCGAUGGUCUGGAGCUCGUUGGAGGAAGGUACUCCCGCUGUCACGGUGCUCUCGUAGUAUUGCACACGCAGCUGGAUCGCGGCGUUCUCAGCAAGCUCCAAACGUACCUUCUGCAGCAAGCCCUCUGGGUCACCCUCCAGCUCCAUCAGCACUCCGCUCGCCCCAAAGCUGUAGAGCGCAUCCUGCCUCGCCAUCAAGGUCCGGAGAUAGCCCUUGGUCAGCCCGGCACCCAACCGAUCUGGCAGCUGCACCAAGAAAACGAACGCGUCAGGGUGCGCGGCCCUCAGAUAGUCCAAGAGACGCGUCAAGCCCCUCUUCUCCUUCCUUGUCUUGUACACGGACGGGAUCACCACAGCCUCGUGCUGCUCCACCAUCUGGUUGAUGCUGCCCUGGCUCAUCUCUCCAUGGUCUGCUUCGGGGGCCAGCACGUUGGCUGGCAGAUUCUGCGAGUUCCACGGCACCAGGGUCAAAAAACCAAAGGCCCACGAACUGGGCGCGACGCUUGAGACGUACUCCGCCACGACCUGUUCGGUCGAAAUGAGGUCCAUCUCCAAAAACAACCAGUGCGACUGGCUGGCAGCCAGAAUGAUCGACGAAGCGGCACCUUGUGACUUGAGCCCAAAUAUGCGGCUUGGCAGAGUGGGAAAGUCAGUUGAUUGGCCUGGCCGUAUUCUAGGCCACCUAACUUCGCGCAUCG